AGUUACACUGCUUCUCCAGCCCUCGAUAAUACCAAAGGAUUUAAAGUUGCCAAAAAUAAAUAAAUAUAUUUAUAUUAAAAACAAGCAAGGAUGCUAACGGACACGGAGGAUGACUUCUUUUUCGAGGAGGAUAAGAUGCCAGAGGCACAGCUUAUCCAGUUGGAUGGCGAUAGUUCGGCGGAUGUCCGACCGAGCCAGGACCUCCGCCGAGAGGCAGAGUGUCCCUCAGAAGUACUGCCCACCUCCUCCGCCGUUUCUGCUUCUGUCGGCGAUGCCACCGUUAUGCUUUGCUCCCCAGCGAGCUUUUCUUCUGGGCAUGAGUCCUCCGGCUCCUCCGCUAGGCAGCAAUAUGAGUUAGACCGUUUGGGUAUGACUGUUACCACUAAUUCGGUGGUCAUUACCAAGGAUCAGAGUAACCUCAUUGGAAUCAGCAUUGGUGGGGGAGCACCCAUGUGUCCGUGUUUGUACAUUGUUCAGAUCUUUGAUGGAACUCCGGCUGCUCGCGAAGGAUCCCUGCAAUCCGGAGACGAACUGCUGGCCGUGAACUCUGUUAGCGUUAAAGGCAAAACCAAGGUGGAGGUGGCCAAGAUGAUUCAAACGGCCACCGACGAAGUGGUCAUUCACUACAACAAGCUCCACGCCGAUCCCGAACAGGGCAAGACCCUAGACAUAAUCCUAAAGAAGCUCAAGCAUCGGAUUGUCGACAAUAUGUCCAGCAACACGGCAGACACAUUAGGACUCUCCAGGGCCAUAUUGUGCAAUGACUCUCUGGUCAAGAGACUCGAGGAACUGGAGGGCACUGAACUGAUGUACAAGGGUCUGGUGGAGCAUGCCCGAAGAAUGCUGAAAGCCUACUACGACCUCCUGCUGACCUACAAGUCAUUCGGCGACUGCUUCACCCAGAUUUCGGUUCAUGAACCGCAGCAACGGGCAUCGGAGGCAUUCCGUACUUUUGGAGAGUUCCAUCGCACCCUCGAGAAGGAUGGCCUGGGGAUCAUUAAGCAGAUUAAGCCUGUGCUGGCCGACCUGGGCACAUAUCUAAACAAGGCCAUUCCAGAUACCAAGCUCACUGUUCGACGUUAUGCGGAUGCCAAAUUCACAUACCUUUCGUACUGCUUGAAAGUCAAGGAGAUGGACGACGAGGAGCAUGGGUUUGCUGCUCUUCAAGAGCCCUUGUACCGGGUGGAAACCGGAAACUACGAAUACAGACUGAUUCUGCGAUGUCGGCAAGACGCAAGGACCAAAUUUGCCAAGCUCCGCACGGACGUCCUGGAGAAGAUGGAGCUUCUGGAGUGCAAACACGCCAUGGACUUGAAUAAGCAACUGAGAAGCCUCCUCGAGAGCUUGGCGGAGCUGCACAGGAGCCUUGUGGAGCGAUUGGACGCCCUGCCACCUCUCUUCCCCAUCGAGGUGGACUUUAAGGAAACCGACUUUCAAUACAAGUCGAGUACUCUGAAACCCCAGGAGCUGGAUGACGACGAGUUCGAGGCCAACAACAUUCCACGUACCACUAGCUCCACCUCGGUUGAGUGCGGAUACGAGGCGGUGGAGCAGCCGGCGGCCAUCAUCAACGUGGAUGUCAAGGAAUCCACCGAGUCUUCCUCUGGCCAGACCAACAACGACAACGACAGCAUGCUCCGGGAACUGGGCCUCUACGAUGUGGACCUGCUCUCCAAUCCGCAGACCAUCAGCAACCAAAAGGACUCCAUAGCAGCCCAAAAGGAUGCCUACGAUUUCGAUUUGUUUCUGAACCAGGCCACCGCUGCCACCACCAGCCUGGAGCGGGAUCUGAUGUCUUCGAAUGCCGAGGAGAUGGAUUUGCUUCUGCAAUGAACAUUUAUAGUACAAAUUUUUAGUAUGCGAUGGAGGGUGUAAGGGUUUUUAUAAUUAGUUUAAGCGGCUUGCAUAGUUAAAAAUAAAUAAAUCAGGUCGGUUAUUAUGUGAAGAGUAAACUAAAUAAAAUGUCAGUAUUUAUUGCAAAACUUA